UUGAGUGCGGAGCAGGAGCCGAGCCAGAGCAGCUUGUCUUGGUCUCUCUUAGAGAGGAGGAGGAGGUGUUGGUGCUGGUGGGAAGUCAGUGAGUGAAUCAAUGAAUGAAUGAUGUUCGGGAUGUGUGUCCGUCCCGCAUGGACUCGGACAGUGGUCAGGAGGUGGCUGCUGCUCUGGCUCUUGCUCAAACUGCUGGCUCUGGUGUGCGCGGUGGCCUUGUUCUGCGAGCUGGGCAUUUACUAUGCGGUGAUAGUGGGAUGCGACUGGCCUCAGCUUAAAGGUCCAGGCAGGCAGGGGCAUGAAAGCUCCUCUUCCCCAGCCCUCAGGGCUUUGUUCCUCGCCGACACACAUCUGCUGGGAGCACUGAAAGGACACUGGCUCGACAAACUGAGAAGGGAAUGGCAGAUGGAACGGGCUUUUCAAACUGCUUUGUGGCUUUUCGAACCAGAUGUCGUGUUCAUUCUCGGUGACCUGUUUGACGAGGGGAAGUGGAGUUCCCCAGAGGACUUUCAAGAUGAUGUACAGCGUUUUCAGAUGAUGUUCAGACAUUCGUCCAACACAGAGUUGUUUGUGGUAGUCGGGAAUCACGAUAUUGGCUUCCACUAUGAGAUGGAUUGGUACAAACUGCAGAGGUUUGAAGGGGUGUUUAACUUCACUUCUGCAAAAGUGGUGACAAAAAAAGGAAUAAACUUUGUUCUGGUGAACAGCAUUGCUUUGCAAGGAGAUGGUUGUUCUAUCUGUGAGAAAGUAGAAAAUGAUCUUCUUCAACUCUCCCUGGCAUUAAACUGCUCCCGACAGCUGGACCCAAGCCAUUCCAAUGAGAACUGUAAAGAAAAGGAGAUAUUCCCAGCAUCUGCUCCUAUUUUACUCCAGCAUUAUCCUCUAUAUCGUGUCAGUGACGAGGAGUGUACGGGUGAAGACUCUGCAUCUCCUGAGGAAAAGAAGCUGCUAUUCCGUGAGAAGUACGACACGCUGUCUCUUGAAGCUUCCAAAAAACUACUUUGGUGGUUCCGUCCCCGUUUGAUCCUCAGUGGCCACACCCACAGUGCCUGUACGGUGCUGCACGAUGAACAUCUUCCUGAGAUCAGUAUCGCGUCAUUUAACUGGAGGAAUCGGAACAACCCCAGCUUCCUUCUGCAGACUUCACUGGACCAAAAACAUGGCUGCUACAGGUCACAUGACUUGCAAGUUGGAAACUUGCAACAGUAAUUACAGAACAAAGUUCUACCCUCAUACUUGUGGAAUCUCAUACCUAUCAUUGUGUAAACCUGGUACAAUCAACAAAUCAAGGGAAUCAUAGAUGGCCUGUCUUCCCAGCCUGGACUGAUAACUAGGAGACAGCCAUUGAAACUUGUUAUACCCUGAAGGCGCUUCUAAGGUGAACAAUGGAUUUUGACCAGCAAUAUAGAAAUUGAUUGUUUGCCUGAAACUGACUCAUCAAUGGGCAACACCACAUGACCUAAGCUCCUUUGGAAACUUAUGAUAUUACAUUCCUGGACUCCCAGGGCAGUCUGCUCUUAACAUCCAGCCUGUCAACACCAAAGCUGGACUCCAGGCUGACAAGAAAGCCUGCCUCAAGUCUAAACCUUCUCAAAGCCUGGAAGGUUCCUGCCAUUGCCUGUACAGUGGACCAAAUCUCUGGAUACCAACCUCACUUUGCUCCACCAUCACCAGCUUUAAAGAAAUUCUGUAACUCCUGCUUUCAGCUAGCUGAACCCACCUGAACCUUAACUCCUAUGUGAAGGAACUCUCACUGGCUCUGACGUUUGCAUGAAUUAAUAUUCCAUGUCUUUGGUGGGUUCUUUUUUCUAUGUUUCAAUUAUUCCUAGUUGUGAAACUCUUCUUUCCUAUCCCCCUACUCUUGGGGCAGAAUUUUCUGCCUGUCGGAUGGGCAGUCCCGACCCAAUCUCCGGCGGGCAGGGAGCUGAUCCCCGCUGGAGAAGAGGGCCCUGCCGCCAUUUCGGGCCAAUUAAGACCCGCCUAGCGUGAUGUCCGGCAGGUAAGAGCUUUGUGCGCCCUGUGAGAGUGGGGGGGAUUCCCCAAAAGCAAGAGUGCGCUCUUUCAGGCGUGCACAUGAAAGAGCGCACAUCUCCCUGAGUUAAGUGCUGCCUCAGGGAGAUC